UACAAAAACCUGUCCUCUGAUAUAAAACCAGCUUAUGGUCCGUUACUUCAUCGCUAUAGUUUUCAAAAUGUGAUAUCAGCGUUACCGCGUCUUACAUCUAUAGACGACCGCGUGCUUUGUUUUGCCUACAAAGAAGAUAACCCCACAUAUAGGUUGUAGCGUUGACGUCUUAAAACUCAGCAGCAGCAUGCCGUCGUGGGGGGCCCUGCUGGCCCAGCUGAGCGGGGUCAACCGCUACUCCACCAGCUUGGGGAAGGUGUGGCUGUCGGUGCUCUUCAUCUUCAGGGUGAUGGUGCUGAUCGUGGCGGCCGAGAGCGUGUGGGGAGACGAGCAGACGGACUUCACCUGUAACACCCUGCAGCCGGGCUGUGAGAACGUCUGCUACGACCACUUCUUCCCCGUCUCCCACAUCAGACUCUGGUGUCUCCAGCUGGUCUUCGUCUCCACGCCCACCCUCCUCGUCGCCAUGCACGUGGCCUACCGUAACCACGGCGACAAAAAGAGACUCCUACAGGCGUCUGAGCGGGCUGGUCUGUUUGGCACCCGUGGCUCCGAGGCCGAGGAGGCAGAGCUAGAGAACCUGAAGAGGCGGAGACUCCAGCUGACUGGCGCCCUCUGGUGGACGUACGCCUGCAGCCUGGUGGUCCGGCUGCUGUUUGAAGCGGGCUUCAUGUACGUCCUGUACGCGCUCUACCGCGGCUUCCAGAUGCCGCGGCUGGUGCAGUGCGUGGAGUGGCCCUGCCCCAACGUGGUGGACUGCUUCGUGUCGCGGCCCACCGAGAAGACGGUGUUCACCGUGUUCAUGGCGUCCGCCUCCAGCGUCUGCAUGCUCCUCAACGUGGCCGAGCUGGUCUACCUGGUCGUCAAGGCCGUCACUAGGAAGUCUUGAGAGAGACGCUUCCUGACUCCGCCUACUCC